CUCAUUCAUUCACAAUUUGACUUUAGCAGGAUGGAAUCGCCCGUACUCUCCCAGCACGAUGACCUUGACGGUGUCGAGCGGAAGAAGGAGAAAGUCCUUCCAAAGAUUCAGCGAGAAAAAAUAAUAUUCUGUAUCGACCUGGAUCUUUCUAUGGACGAAUGCUUCAUGGUGGGCGACAAGAUGAACGACACAAGGAUCAACAGAACAAAGCAGCUUUUGAAGUGGUUCAUCGAGCAAAAGACGAGCUGGAAUUCUGGACACGAGUUUGCAGUCAUGAUACUGGGCGAGAGGGCAGUUUGGCACAUGGACUUCACUUCGGACACGAUGCUGCUAUCUCACGUCAUCGAUGAGCUCUAUACAAUGGGGAAGUUUACUGCGUUCAAUUCCACCAGCUUAUUCAAAGAAAUAUUAGAGCACGCAAAUCUGGAUGAAGACGAUGGAUCUAUCAUUCGUGCUAUUAUGAUCUAUACACGCUCAGACGUGUUGCCAAGUAUGCCGGACCGCGAGGUCCUGGACGUGCUAUACUCGAGUCGAAGGUUCUAUUACGAUUGCAUCUACAUUCACCUUAAGGCUGCAGAGGUUCCCGGGCCGAUCAAACCUCAGCAUGUGUACGAUAGGUUGACAGAAAUGGAGGACCAACGAUCACCUGGAUACUAUUACGAACUCACUCGACUCUUGAAAAAGUUCGCCACAGCAAUGGGAGAGCUCUUGGCGCACCCCCGUGUGCGGCCAAUACAGGAUGAUCUGAUGUCGAAAAUGCCCCCACCGCCAAGUGUGAAGCGACUGGAAGAUAUGGCACUAAAACAGCAACUACAGCAGGAACAGCCACGCAACUACCCUCAGCAGACGCCUUCAGCUCCCGUCAGAACAACUAUUCCAGUGGCACACAAGAGCCCUGAGAAAACUGCAGGUGUUUCCAGUCAAAAGUCGGGCGGCGUUUUUGGAAACCCCAGCUCAGAUCCAUCUUCAUCAUCGACUCUUGUAGCGCCCAGCUCUGUUUCUUCGCCUUUUAUGUCGGCAGCGGAGCGAGAACGAUCAAACCCAUCAUCGCGUGUAAAGGCUGAUAUGCCCCAUGCGGGUUCUACAUCGGGUCCAGGGUCACCCACGGGCUCUGGGGUGGGAUCAGCGACAGCAUCUGGGAGCGGAACAGGCAUGGACGAUGCGAUUUUAAUCUGAAGCAGAACGGCAGCUGGAGCUCCACAUAGGUCGUUGGUGAGAAUAAAGGUUCCAUUGAUUGUGAUGUGUUGCAUGCUGAAUGGCACAGUACCAAGAGCGUGCGAAGAAGCAAAACGUCUUACUAUAUCAUGCUGUAAAGAGGAACGUCGGGCGGUGAACUUUAGUAUUCGAGUCAGUGCUGCGCAUGAUGGGGUAAACUUUUUGAUUCGCUGC